AUGGUCGUCACCAACAUUUGCUCCAACACCGUCACAGCCUCCAUUUUUGUGCCCAUCGUCGCGACAUUGGCUCAAGAGGUCGAGAUCCACCCGUUCCAAUUGAUGCUGCCCACCACGCUGGCCUGCUCGUUCGCCUUCGUCCUGCCGGUUGGCACCCGCCCCAUCACCAUCGUCUUCGGGUCGGGCAUGGUCAAAGUAUCGGACAUGAUGUUCAUCGGGUUAAUCCUGUCCGUCGAAACGCUCUUCCUAACCAUUCUCUACAUGAACACGGCCGCUCUCAUCUUCCUGCCCAUCGGUGAAUUCCCGAGAUGGGCGGCGCUGAAUGUCAAUGGGACAAUUGCGCUC